GUUGUCGUGGUAACGGGCGCAUGCUUAAUACGUCAGCAUUUCAAAUUUCAAGAUGGAGGCACCCUGGAUGCAAGGCUGUGGUUGGAAAUUAUAAAGGUGUUGAUAUAGUAUAGAACUCGUGUUUUAUCUAGUCAUUCUGACAGGACUUCUGGUUUGUAAUUCUCGUGACCUUACCUAAUGGCAAUACAUUAGCUGGUAGGUGGCUAUAUGCAUUGUUGGCUUGCCUCGAGAAACCUCUUCUCCCUGAGGCACAUUCUCUCAUAAGACAACUAGCCAGACGAUGUGCGAGUGUACGAGCCACUCUGGAGACCAAAGAUGACGAAAGAUUGUCGGCACUUAACUUGUUGAUAUGUCUGGUUGCCAGGUACUUUGAACAGAAUGACUUGGCAGAUAACGACUGACUGGAUUUCCAGAUAAACGGAAGUGGAUACAAUGAUGCUUAAUGUUGUACCUAUGGCCUGAUUGGCCAGUGUAUGAGACUUCCCUGACUCCGAUGCCUUAUUUUAUUCAUUUUAUACAUGCAUACAUGCAUUAUGUGUCACACAGUGGGGUAGCUUCAUGUGAUUCAAUUCUGUGAAAUAAAAUAUUAUUUGUAGAUA